CCACCAUCGCCAAAGACAAGCACCACUCAGUUCACGAUGGCGACGCCCGCUGACUCGGAGAUCUGGAACGACGAGACAAUCUCGAACCUCGUCGCUGCACUGAGCCCAGCGGAGGACCUCAACAAGUGGACGACGCUCGAGGAGCAGCUGCAGGACAUUGACCGCGCCCGCUCCUCGUCAAUCCAAGGCAUAAAUGCACAGGUGCAGGCGCUCUCGUCGACGCUCUCGGCGCUCAAGGAGUCCUCGUCGCGCAUUCGCUCGCGCUCGUGGAAGUCCGAGGCCGCCCAUGCCUCGACGAUGGAGGAGCUCCAGCGGGAAAAGUUUGGCCUCGCAAAGGAGAUCAGCGACGGCGACGAGGCCCUGAUGCGCGUCGAAGCGGAUCUGGCCCGUCUGAGGGAGGAACUCGAGGGUGUGGAUGCCUACGAUGUCGAGGAGAACAGCGCAAUGGACAAGGAAGCGAUCGCAGCGACCUUUUUCCGCAAGCUGGGAUUCGUCCCAUGCUAUGGCAAGGACGACUCCAUCGACACACUCAUGGUUAGGUCAGACGCCAAGAAUCGGACAGUCAUGUUCGACAUCGGCGAGGCCGAGAUGGCGACGCAGGGCGUCUCGCGCUACAUGAAUGCGCAGCUCAUGUGGCAGGCCAGCGAGUGAAUCCCUCACUUCUCUUCUUUGAGUCACUGUAAUACUACCAGCAUACCCC